AUAAUCAGGUACCUCACACGCAAAGCGUAUCUUAUUCCACGUUACAUCAGCCCAAAGCAGGCCCUUUGCACACAACCGCCACACUGCCGGUUUUGCGUUGCCGGGAGAAUGAAGCUCCUUACACACAACAUGCUUUCUUGCCAUAUCAAGAACGUUAGAAAUGGAUACCCCUUCCUAAUUGAGGUCGUCAAAGUUUCGGAGCAUGAGGCGGACUUCGACCCAGACUUCCUGAAACACAUCUUCCCGCGCAUCAACUGGCCCGCCUUCCUUCAAGGCGCACAAUCGCUGGGGUGCCGGGAGGGGCUUCCCGAGGAGGCUGCUGAGUCCAUGCUUGAGGACGAGGGCUUUCUGAAGCGCUUCCACCACGCGCUGCUAGAGGUGUUUCUGGAGGAGGGCUCGCUGGUGUGCCCGGAGACCGGGCGCAAGUUCCCCGUCACCAAGGGGAUACCCAACAUGCUGCUCAACGAGGAUGAGUGCUGAGUGGGGCUUGGUGCGUGAGAGUGCAAGAGGAUGGCAGUGGCGUCGGAGUGCUGAGUUUAUGUGUGGGUAUGUACAAAACAUACUCAAGUGUGUAUGGUAUAUGAAAGCGGUUGAGGUUCUGAUGGGCAGAGUUUGCGCGGCAUCUGCAGCGCGGGCGGCGUGGGUGCGGUGGCUUGGGUAAGAUGACGCCCCGAGUGGAGUGAAGCGGGCGGGCAGUUUGGCACCGGCUCGACUGUGGUGAGGUGCGAAUGCGCAUACCAGGCGAAUGGAAGGGCAAACGUUGGUCAGUGGCCAAAGGGUGCGCCGAGUGCAACGGGUCCAAGCGUGACCGGGGAGUAGUGGGUAGGCAGGGCAGACCACAGGCAAGGGGCUGGGGCGAUGGUGUCACGUGGUCGCUGUACACGAAUGAACAUGAUACCGUUUCAGCAAUGGUAGGGGCCAGGUGGAUGCAACGCAGCGACAUAUGAAUGUACGUGCAGGGCCUGGCUGGCCGGCUGGGUGUGAAUUGAAUACGAUGCGGGCUUGCGAACCCAGGAUUGUGGAGACGUGCACCUCCUCGUGCACCGACCAGUUACUAUCAGCUCGUGCAGACAUCUGGUGCGCUGACAUGUAUGAUGAACACGCAAUUGCGGACCCGAGCAAUGUAAACGAAUUUCCUG